AUGAACACCAAUGUCUGCGUGGAGCCCGGGCCGAGCCCGGAGGCCCCGGGCUUGCCCAAGGAGAGCCACCUGCCCGAGGGGUCCCUGAACAGCCUUGUGGAUUACAACUCGGAGAUGGAGCGCUACCGCUCCUUCGCCACCUCCUUCUACAAGACCAACGGGGGCGCCUUCCCGCAGGCGGCCAAGAUCGCGCGCAUCACCACCCCCAUCUUCCCCAGCAGCGCCGCCGCCGCCGCGGCCGCCGCGCGCAUCGGCAUGUCCCCCUGGAACUGCGACAACGCGGCCACCGCCGCCGCCGCCACCGCCAUGCUCUGGGGCAGCGGCGGGGGCGGGGGCGGGGGCGGCGGCGGCGGCGGCGGCGGCGGCGGCGGCGGCGGGGGCGGCAGGAAAUCCUCCUCCGCCGCCGCCUCCUCCUCCGCCUCCUCCUCGGCGAUCCUCCCCGCCGGCGGCGGCGGCGGCGGCGGCGGCGGCGGUGGCGGCGGCGGCGGCGGCGGCGGCGGCGGCGGCAGGACCGGCAUGCACCACCGAAACGACUCCCAGAGGCUGGGGAAAGCUGGCUGCCCGCCAGAGCCAUCGUUGCAAAUGGCAAAUACUAAUUUCCUCUCCACCUUAUCCCCUGAACACUGCAGACCUUUGGCGGGGGAAUGCAUGAACAAGCUCAAAUGCGGCGCUGCUGAAGCAGAGAUAAUGAAUCUCCCCGAGCGCGUGGGGACUUUUUCCGCUAUCCCGGCUUUAGGGGGCAUCUCAUUACCUCCAGGGGUCAUCGUCAUGACAGCCCUUCACUCCCCCGCAGCAGCCUCAGCAGCCGUCACAGACAGUGCGUUUCAAAUUGCCAACCUGGCAGACUGCCCGCAGAACCAUUCCUCCUCCUCCUCGUCCUCCUCAGGGGGAGCUGGCGGAGCCAACCCGGCCAAGAAGAAGAGGAAAAGGUGUGGGGUCUGCGUGCCCUGCAAGAGGCUCAUCAACUGUGGCGUCUGCAGCAGUUGCAGGAACCGCAAAACGGGACACCAGAUCUGCAAAUUUAGGAAAUGUGAAGAGCUAAAGAAAAAACCUGGCACUUCGCUAGAGUUGGUAUUUUUUCAGAAAGGGGAAAUAGUAGAGAAAACUGAACACCACUUGCAGUUUUUUAAGGAGAGAUGACAAUUUGUAGCAGAGAACACCUGUUCCCAGCGCUGAAGCAUUCCGAUGGUUCUUUUAAAGCAGUAGUAUAUCUUAUUUUCAAGGCAUUUGGAAGUGAAGGGCAAACUAAUGUCUUGUUUUAAGAAACUGCUUAGUCCACCACUGAAGAAAAUAUCCAGAUAUUAUUUUCAUUUUAUGUAUAGGGGUUUCUUCAAAAAAAAAAAAAGGGAAAGAAAAGAAAAAAGACAUAUAAAAAUAAUCUGGGAGCUUGGGGAAUUGGCCAGUCUAUUUACUUUCAAUACACUGAUUCUUUCUUUGAUGUAAUUUAGCUAUCCUAGUGAAGUUGUUGUCUAUUUUGAAAGUGGCUGUAAAAAAUAAGUUUGGGUAAACCCCUGCUGUAAAAUCAUGUAUCUUUGCAAAGUACAUAUCUAUACUUCAUUUUCAAAUAUAUGUGUUUCAGUACUGUAAACUGUACAGAUAGCAGCUUGUAUUUUGUGUGUUUAGACACAAGAAGACAAUCAUGUCUGAGCAUCUAUGGAGAUUAACAGUUUGUUCACAACACUCUGGUUCUGCGAGUUAAAUCUGGAGCAAUAAAUUUUAGCUUUAAAUAUUUUUUUGCCAGUUGUUUCUAGGAGCAGCAACAGCAGUGGCGUGUUUUGCCAUGCAUCUUUCCGUAGAGACUUGAUGCCAAGUUUUACGAGACUAAAAGAUGGCGAUGCAUCCGGCAGUUACCUUCCGUUGUAUUGUUCUAAGAGGGGAAGAUGUUAGGAGAGUUUCAAUUAAUCUUUUGAGCACUAUAUUAGAGUAGUGGUUAUGCACUUGCAUUGCUUACAAACGAACUGUACAGAAGGGUAUACCUCCCAAAUCCUUAGUGUAGUUGACUUGUCUUGGGUGGCACUGUAAGACGGAGUACUCAGAGUAGUUGAAACAUGCAGAAUCUGUUGGAUAACUUUUUUUUUUCUUUCUUUAAACAGUGUUUUCUAGGAUACAGGCUAGAGUAUCAUAUCUUAGGUGAGAAAUUCAUGACUGACUUCCCCCCCGCCCCCCAGCCCAACAUGGGCUUUUUUUGUUUGUAUGUAUUUUUUUGUUUGCCUAUUUUUCUGCUUCUUUUUUCAUAGAAAAAAAAUAAACACUUAAUAAAACAUAUCCAAUUGUUUAAAUUCCAUGUGUGAUAUUAAAAGUGUAGUUUUGUUUUAAAAUUUGAUUACAUAAAGGCCUCCUGCCUCGAGACAUGGCUGGGUACAUUUUUAAGUUCAAAAAAGUGAAACACAUUCAUGGAAGUGAGGCUGUUAAAUCUCUUUUGAUCUUCCUUUCUCACAGCCUCCCAGUUAAAACCGUGGCCUUCUCCUAGGCCCUCCGUGAAAUGUUCCAUGGUUCCCAUUCCCCUUCUCGUCACCAUCACCAGAUGCUUCCAUUCCUGAGAAGGCAGGGCCACAGUCUGUGGAAUUCCAUAAAUGCAAACAGCCCCCAAACAAAAGGAGCUAAUGUUUCAUAGGACCUGAGCUACCUUUUCUCAUAAUGUUUGGUUUUCUUCUGCAGUCAGUGUUCUUUAGGCUGGCCCAUUAGGACAGAUGUUUGUGGUGGCAUGAUCCCUACGAGUUUUAGUUCUCCUCUCUCUCUCUCUUUUUUUCCCCCAGAUUAUAAAGACUGUUUUCAGCUUCAGAAAUAAGACAGAGUUUAGCAAAAACACAUAGAGUAUGCCAGUUGCCAUAUUACUGUAUCUUUUUGUUUUCUAGUCAGUAGCCAGUUGUUUUAGCCUGUGACAUCCAUUGACCUGCUGAAAACUUAGCAACAUGGAUCAGGUGAAGAAAAAUAACUUGAGAAGGGAGAGGGUGAUGAAAGGAACAAAGUUUUAGAAAGACUAGCAGAUGAAUAAUUUAAAAAGGCUAGUUGUAGUUUUGAAUGGGAAAAAUACAGACAGAGGAGGUUUUUUUUUUAAAGCAGAAGGAGCACUUCAUUGGUAGAGUGCUGGCAAGUCGGGGAGAAGGUACUUACAAAUGCCAGUGUGAAAACCAGUGUGACUUACUUUGCCUAGAGUAUGGAUACAAGGUCUACAGUUACUGUCAAAUAGCUUUUUUAAAGAAAAUUCACUGUUUUACACUUAUCCAUGUUUAGAGAAGAAAAUUAUAUGAUCGCAAAUUAAAACAUGCUGUAUAUUAAUUUUGAGAUAGCUUUCUACUUGAUGUAUAUUCCUUUGAAGGUUCUAGUUAGAAGUUCUAUUUCUGCUGUGGGACCAAUAAGAGCUAUAUGAGUUCUUUCUUGUUCCAUUUUUAAUUUUAUUUGACUUUUUUAAACCAAUUUGCUAAUGAAUUACAAGUAAGUGAAAACUUACUUUCACACUUGAAUGGUAAGCUUGCCUUGCUUUUUGGAAAAUGAUCAUUGUUAUUACAGAAUUGAAACAAACUUUUAUUCAGGCUGCAUUAAGCAUACGGUAACAUAUGAAGAUCUCAUUGCAAUGUACUGUGAGUCUCAAAUACAUGCUAGUAUUGCAUGUCUUGAUGUGUUUUUGUUUGUUUUCUUAAAGAAUGAAUGAAUUUGUAUAUUGUAAAAUGUGAUUUUUUACAUGUGAAUUCAAUUUUUUAGUGAAAUAAUCUGUUAAUUAUUGAUAUGGGGAAGUGCAGCUUUUCUUAAAUUCCUUAUGUGUUUUUAUUCCUGAUGUUGUCCUUUUUUUAGCCACCCAUUUUUUAAUGCUUUGGGUUAAGCUAUUUAUGUAAUGGAGGGUGCAUAUAAGGUUCCCUUUGGUGAUGCUGAAGAACGGUAUCACUCCUCUGGCCUCCCCUCAAUUUUCUCACUUAGAAGUUUAUGUAUUGAGAACUUAUAAAGCAUAUCACGGCAGCACAAAGGGAGUGAUUGAAAGAUUUACACUUUUCAUGAUUCUUAAAUACCAAUGAAGUGUAACUUUUAAAAAUUCCUUGCUGUAUGUUUCAUAUUCAGAAUCAAGAAAAUUCAGAAGAUAGCAAUCAGCUGUAGGUCAUGUGGGCUAUCUUUACAACUUAAAAAUUACAUCUCAGAUAAGCCAAAUAAAAAACUUGGUGUGCGAGGUCACGUACAGAGGAAUCUUGCCUUCUCUAGGUGUAGGUGAGAAAAUGCCAUCGUGUGUCUGCAUCUGGGGAGACUAUGGAAAGUACUUGGGCUGAUGCCAAGUAGUGCAGUGGGCCCAUCCCUUUGUCGGCUCUCACUCAGCACCCUAACAUCACAAGAACAUCAGAGUGCUAAUGUCUCUCUUUCCAGGGUUUCAACCCAAAGUGGCUUUCUGAUGGAUUCUGCCUGUCUGUGCACAAGUGGAGGGCAUAUUUACAAACUAGCAGUAUGUCCAUUCUUGGGAGGGAGAACAGUAAUAGGCUUCCUCCUAUAAGAAUAUAUAGAAGUGUCUCCUGUUGCUUAAUUCCCAACACCCAACUUUCUUCUAAACACAUUCAUAGGAAGCAAGAGAUGGAAUACUUCCUAUGAAUUAAUAUUAAGCAGUCACUAAAAGAAAGGAAUAUUCUCUUCCUUUCAUUCAGAACCCCUGGCAUGUAAGUUGUACAAUACUAAAGCAUAUAAAGUCUUUAAGCUGAUUGUCUCUGUAAUCAAAUAAUGAAAAAAAGAAAGCAGUUAAUUGAACACACUAUUCAGGGUCAAAUAUGUUCAGCAAAAAACCGUUGUGGGUCUUUGAUCAUGGCUAGAUUCACAGUGAUAUCACACAGUUGGUUCUCAUGUAACAGCUAAAUGUUUCAGAUUUUGUUUUUAUUAAAUUUGGCAGUUUCACACUGAGAUCUGUAUUCCUAGUGAAUAAAAGACAGUUACUAUGUUAGGAGGGAUUUCAUUUUCACAAUUGCAAGGAAGUCAGAGAGAUUUCAGGAACAUGGGCCACAAAAUGUACUCCUUUCACAGUGUUCUCCUAUUCUGAACUGUGCAGUUAUCUAUUAAAUUUUCUAAUAGAUAUUUGUGUAAGGUGUAUGUAUGCUUGUGCAAUUAUUAAAAAAGCAGUUUUGGAAAACAGUGUAUUUAUUAAAGAAAAUUACUUAUGGGGCAUGUACAAAACUGUAAAAAAAAAAAAAAAAAAACCUUAAAAAAAAAACACAUUCAAUUUGCCCAGUAAAGUUGUUUUUGUG